CCUCAUUAUCAUUUCUCACCUCUUUAUAAACCCCAUCUUCCUUUCUGUUUUCUCAAUUCAAAUUUCCAAGCAUCCUCCAUUGUCAAGUUAAAGAGGAGAAGAAAAUAAAUCCAAUCCGAAACACAGAUCUUAUUUUUUCAUAUCAUACACAGGAGCAGAGUCGAGUAUGGAAGCCAAAGAUUGUCGGCAGAACGGUUCCGGUGGUGUCGCCGAUAAUCGUCGUCAUCGAGUGAGAGAAUACAGCGGCGAUGGUUGCGACGAUGACGAGGCAUGGAACGCCUUCGCUGAUAGUUUCAGCAGAGUACAAAAUGUUUUAGAUCGGAACAGAGAAUUGAUCCAACAAGCGAAUGAGAAUCAUCAAUCGAGAAUUCCGGAUAAUAUGGUGAAGAAUGUGGCGAUUAUUCAGGAAUUGAAUGGAAAUAUUUCGAAAGUGGCUUCGAUUUAUUCCGAUUUGUCGACGAAUUAUACAGGGAAGAUUAGGCAACAGCGGCAGAAGGGAGGGAAUAGUAAUGGGAGAAGGAAUUGAGAUGAGUGAAAAUCAAAGCAAUGAAAAUUGUGCUAGUGUACUAAUAAAAAUCUGUCAUCUCUCAUAAAAUAAUUCAUGUAAGGUUAAGCAAACAUCAUUAAGUUCUCUUAUGUAUCAUGAUUCAUGUAUGGAGAUUGGAGCGUUUGUCCAUUAUUCAGAGAUAAAGUGCUGAAAAAGCAAAAAUAAGGUUAAUUUUAUCCAAAUUUUGUGAUUUAAAUAGAAAUUUUGUUAGCACAAUAAUAACAAAAAAAUUAAAAUGACAAAUAACAACAAAUUCUAAGGAUCGGAGUAAGAAAUCGCAUCUAAAUUCUAUCAUAUCCGAUCCUACUCUAUACUCGACCCUUUGCAACUUGUAAGGCAUGUGGUUCAUGUUUA